GGUACAGGGGCCGGCGUUGCGGCCCCGGGCCCCGGGCGUGGGGGCACGUGAUGCGGCCGCCGAGGCGACAAAGGGUGCGGCGGGGGCCCGGAGUGGCAGCGGCGGCGGCGGUGCGGGGAGCCACGGCGGGGGCUGCCACGGCGAGCGAGGUGGACCCGGGCGCAUGCGACUUUUUUCAGCAGCUCAAUGGCCUCCCCAAAGAAGAAGCUUCAAGGUCUCGUUGCUGCAACCAUCACGCCAAUGACUGAGCAUGGAGAAAUCAACUUUUCAGUCAUCGGUCGGUAUGUGGAUUAUCUUGUGGAGGAACAGGGAGUGAAGAGUAUUUUUGUGAAUGGCACGACCGGAGAAGGCCUGUCCCUGAGCGUCUCAGAGCGUCGCCAGGUCGCAGAGGAGUGGGUGACCCAAGGGCGGAACAAGUUGGAUCAGGUGGUAAUUCACGUAGGAGCCUUGAGCUUGAAAGAAUCACAAGAACUGGCCCGACAUGCCGCAGAAAUAGGAGCUGAUGGCAUCGCUGUCCUUGCCCCUUUCUUUCUCAAGCCAGGGAACACAGAUGUCUUGAUUAAUUUCCUAAAGGAGGUGGCCGCUGCUGCCCCAGCAUUGCCAUUUUAUUACUAUCACAUUCCAGCCUUGACAGGGGUAAAGAUUCGUGCUGAGGAAUUGUUGGACAGGAUCCAGGAGAAGAUCCCCACCUUCCAAGGGCUGAAGUUCAGUGACACCGAUCUCUUAGACUUCGGGCAGUGUGUUGAUCAGAAUCGCCAGCGACAGUUUGCUCUCCUUUUUGGGGUGGAUGAGCAACUGUUGAGUGCCCUGGUGAUGGGAGCAACUGGAGCAGUGGGCAGUACCUAUAACUACCUGGGAAAAAAGACAAACCAGAUGUUGGAGGCUUUUGAACAAAAGGACUUCUCUUCAGCCCUGAACCAUCAGUUUUGUAUUCAGAGAUUUAUCAACUUUGUGUUCAAACUUGGUUUUGGGGUGUCACAGACCAAAGCCAUCAUGACUCUGGUCUCUGGGAUUCCAAUGGGCCCACCCCGGCCUCCACUACAGAAAGCCUCCAGGGAGUUUAUUGCUGCUGCAGAAGCUAAGCUGAAGAGCCUGGAUUUCCUUUCUUCCACUGAUUUAAAGGAUGGAAGCUUGGAAUCCUGGAGCUAGUGCCUCUCUGUCAAAUCAGAGUGUGUGUGUUGAAUGGUGCAUUCAUUUCUCAAGGACUUUUUAAAUGAACUAAACUCUUUUCUAGCAAACAAAAUCUUACCCCAAUCACCAAGGAUUUAAGUACCUUCUAAGAUCCUAAAAAUGCUCUAUUUUGUGAAGGGGUAAAAACUCUAAAAGGAGUCAUGAGCCCUGAGUCAUUCAAUAUUUCACAGAAUUUUUGUGGAGAAAUUUUUGCUUAUAUGGAUGAAAUGGAAUCAAGGGGGAAAAAUUAUAAUGAUUCAUCCCAUUGGCCUUUAGGAGCCCCCAUUAUCUUGAUUUCUGAUUCUUAAUCCUAUUUUAAAUUAAAAAAAAAAUUUAAACCACUAUAAUGUACUUUGAUUUUAAAUAAAUACUCAUUUGGAAUCUA